UGUUACGUUAAUAGCUCGCACAGCUUUUGGAUCAAUCUACCUCUCUCUCUCUCUCUCGACCAAGAACUGCAGAGGAUGAAGUUCACAAGCUCCUCUCUCUCUCUUGUCUUCUUCUUCUUCUUCUUACUGUGUUUGAGUUCCACUGUUCGGUCUCAAACCAACCACGGCGAGUUUCUCCGUUGUCUCUCUCUCAGGUUAAACGGCACCAAUUUAGUUUCUUCAGUCGUCCACACUCGGAACGACUCUUCCUUCUCAUCUGUCUUGCUUUCAUCGAUUCAGAACCCUAGAUUCUCAUCCCCUGAAACCCCUAAACCGGUUCUGAUCAUCACCCCGGUUCGAUUCUCCCAUGUUCAAUCGGCGAUCUUAUGCGCUCGUCGGCACGGCGUUCGUGUCAGGACUCGAAGCGGAGGCCAUGACUAUGAGGGUCUCUCUUACGUUUCCGGUACGGAUUUCAUCGUCAUCGACUUGAUGAAUCUCCGGUCUGUAAGCGUCGAUGUCGAAAACCGGACCGCUUGGGUGCAAACCGGAGCUACGAUCGGGGAACUGUACCAUGAAAUCGCCAGAAAGGACAGAUCUUUGGGCUUCCCCGCCGGAGUUUGCCCGACGGUGGGUGUCGGAGGACACUUCAGCGGCGGAGGGUACGGAACUUUGCUGAGAAAACACGGUUUGGCGGCUGACAACGUGAUCGACGCGCACGUGAUCGACGCACGUGGGAGGUUUCUUGACAGACAAUCCAUGGGAGAGGAGUUCUUCUGGGCGAUUCGUGGAGGUGGAGGUUCGAGCUUCGCUGUUGUUCUGUCAUGGAAGAUACGAUUAGUACAUGUUCCACCGACAGUGACCGUGUUCAAUGUCUCGAAAACGUCGGAACAGAACGCAAUUAAGAUCAUUGAUCGGUGGCAGUUCAUCGCAGGCAGUGUUUCUAAUGAUCUGUUCAUCCGGGUCAUGUUGCAGAGAUCGAACAAGACGGCGGUACUUGCGUCCUUCCCGGGAUUGUAUCUGGGCCCGACGAAAGACCUUCUGCCAUUGAUGGAACAGGAGUUUCCAGAACUGGGUCUCGAGGAGGAAGAUUGUACGGAAACGAGUUGGAUUGAAUCCGUCGUCUGGUUUGCAGAGUUCCCCGAAGGAGAAUCCAUCGACGUCCUGACAAGACGAACACGUGGAACGUUAUCGUUCAAGGCUAAAUCCGAUUUUGUGGAAGAACCCAUGUCGGAAACUGCGAUCCGGGAGCUAUGGAGACGAUUAUACGCGCCGGAGGCCGAGUUGGCUCAGCUGAUAUUCACUCCAUUUGGCGGGAAAAUGAGUGAAAUUGCAGAGAACGAGUCUCCUUUCCCGCACCGAGCAGGAAACAUCUACGAGAUUCAGUAUCUGGUUUACUGGAGAGAUGGAGAAGAAGAGACGAAGAACACAGAGAACUACAUCAGAUGGGUCGAGAGUGCUUACGAGUUCAUGACGCCAUUCGUGUCAAAAUCCCCAAGAGGAGCUUACAUAAAUCUGAGAGAUCUCGAUUUGGGGAUGUACAGUGACGGAAUCAGGACAAGGUACGAGGAGGCGAGAAGUUGGGGAGUCAAGUACUUCAAGAGCAACUUUUACAGGUUGGUGAGAGUGAAGACAGCUGUUGAUCCCUCUGAUUUCUUCAGGGAUGAACAGAGCGUUCCGCCAUUAACGUCUGUCUCCGAGAUCUGAAGUUCAAUAUUUGAUAUCAAGGGCAUAGUGUAGUAUCGCUAAUGUAAAUAGGUGUACCGAGCCAUUAUUGAACUGAAUAAUUUUUCAUAUUUUGCAUAACCAAAAUAUCAUAUAUUGUAUAUUCUGCAGGAGGGACUUACCCAAAUUUCCUUGGAAAGAUUAUUUUUUGCUGCAUAAAAUUUAGUAUUUAUUAGAAAAUUUCUAUCUAGGAAUCGAGUUUUUUUUUAGUGUA